AUGGCGGCGCGGAAGAGCCCCGCGCAGGAGCGGGAGCGGCCUCGCGACCACGCCUCAGGAAAUGACCAAGUUCAUUCCUGGACACUAGUCACCAGCCAAGCCUUAGAUGCCGCGUGGAGAGUGGUGAAGGGGUCGGUGACCUUGGCAGUUUCAUUUCUGGCGGCCAUCCUCUGCUACUUCAGAAGGCUGCAGCUGUAUUUAGGGCACCGGCUGAAAUGGUGGAUUGGAUAUCUGCAGAGAAGAUUCAAAAGGAACCUCAGCGUGGAGGCGGAAGUUGAUUUACUCAGUUAUUGUGCAAGAGAGUGGAAAGGAGAGACACCCCAUGCCAAGCUGAUGAGGAAGGCUUACGAGGAGCUGUUUUGGCGGCGGCAUAUUAAAUGUGUUCGACAAGUCAGGAGAGACAACUACGAUGCCCUGAGGUCAGUGCUGUUUCAGAUCUUCAACCGGGGCCUCGCUUUCCCAUCCUGGAUGAAAGAAAAAGAUAUUGUGAAGCUUCCUGAAAAACUGCUCUUUUCGCAAGGUUGUAAUUGGAUCCAGCAGUACAGUUUUGGUCCUGAGAAGUAUACAGGUUCCAAUGUGUUUGGAAAAUUACGCAAAUGUGUGGAAUUACUGAAAACACAGUGGACUGAAUUUAGUGGGAUUAAAGAUUAUCACAAGAGAGGAAGUAUGUGCAACGUCCUUUUUUCUGAUGCUCUCCUGGAAUAUAAACUUUAUGAAGCCCUGAAAUUCAUCAUGCUGUAUCAAGUCACUGAGGUUUAUGAACAAAUGAAGACCAAAAAGGUCAUCCCCAGUCUUUUUCGACUCCUGUUUACCCGGGAAACCUCAUCUGACCCCUUGAGCUUCAUGAUGAAUCACCUGAAUUCUGUCGGCGACACGUGUGGACUGGAGCAGAUUGAUAUGUUUAUACUCGGAUACUCCCUGGAAGUAAAGAUAAAAGUGUUCAGACUGUUCAAGUUUAACUCCAGAGACUUUGAAGUCUGCUAUCCAGAGGAGUCGCUCAGGGAGUGGCCGGAGAUCUCCCUGCUGACCGAGAACGACCGCCACUACCACAUUCCUGUCUUUUAA